CGACAAAACAACUCAACACGGCCGACAACAAAGGUAACCGGUGGGAGGACAGGUUACUCUUUUGACAAUACCGCAUUUAUUCCUCCUGUAUAUCACCAGGCCUCCACCUGUGAGGUUGAUUCUACUAACUCUUUACAUCGUUUUCCCGAUCCCGUCACUCCUUGACCUCAUCUCCCAGUCGUUCAUUCUUUUGUCCACACGCGCCCCGAGCGUUGAUCACCCACAAUGGAUGAUUCCAUGGUGGAGUCCGUCUUCGAGGAUGAUGGAAGCUCAGAUUUCCUCCCCGAACCCGCUCCUAAAGCCAAAGCUAAGGCGGCGCCCAAAAAAGCAGCAGCCUCCAAAGCAGCGCCUAAGAAGCUCACCCAAACCAAGUUGACGGCAAAGUCUGCACCCAAAGCAGCUCCCAAGAAACGGGCCAAGCCUGACAGCGACGAUGAGAUGAAUGACGCCGAUCCCUUUUCCGAUCUCGAUUCCAUAAUGUCUCACACCCCUCCCAAGAAGGUUAAGAAGGCCCCUGCGGCUUCGAAGAAGGGGGGUAGCAAGCCUCUCGCCGAUGUUGAGAACGAGUCUUUCGGCAAGGCUGAUUCCCUUGACGAUGCUGCGGCUAUGGACGCAUCGGAGAAGUUCCAGAGGCUUGAUCCGCGUGAACACAUUCUCAAACGUCCCGAUACCUACGUCGGCUCCGUUGAACGCACGGAACAGCACAUGUGGGUCUACAAUUCGGAAAUGGAUGGCAUGGAAUUCCGCGAGGUUUCGUUCGUGCCCGGUCUCUACAAGAUUUUCGACGAGAUCGUCGUGAACGCCGCCGACAACAAACAAAAUGAUCCCAGCAUGGACGAGAUCCGCGUGACGGUCAACCGUGAAGCCGGUGAGAUCAGUGUGUGGAACAACGGCAAUGGCAUUCCCAUCGAGUGGCACAAAACCGAGGACAUGUACAUUCCGCAGCUCAUCUUCGGCAACCUUCUGACUUCGUCCAAUUACAAUGAUGAGCAGCAGAAGGUCACAGGUGGUCGAAACGGUUACGGUGCGAAGCUCUGUAACGUGUUCUCCACCGAGUUCAUUUUGGAAACACAAGACUCGCGUCAGAAGAAAAGGUAUAAGCAGAUCUGGACCGACAACAUGGUCAAUUGCGGCAAGCCGAAGAUCACCGACGCGAAGGGGGAAGACUACACCAAGGUCACCUUUAAGCCCGACUUCGCCAAAUUCGGAAUGACAGGCAUUGACGAUGAUUUUGAGGCGCUUGUCAAACGCCGUGUUUACGACUUGGCAGGAACCGCAAAGGUGGCUGUCAAGUUGAACGGCACUCGCGUUCCCAUCCGCAACUUCAAGAAGUACAUGGAGAUGUACACCAAGGCUAUCAGAAGGGAGCGCGGCGAAGAGAACGCGGGAUCAAAGGACGAGAUCAUUACCUGCAGCCCCGAUCCUCGCUGGGAGGUCGGGUUCGCUGUUUCCGAUGGCUCUUUUCAGCAGGUGUCCUUCGUCAAUUCUAUCGCAACUACUCAGGGUGGCACACACGUGAACUACAUCGCAGAUCAGAUUUGCAGCAAGUUGUCCGAUCAUGUCAAGAAGAAGAACAAGAAUGGCGCUACUCUCAAGCCGGCUCAAAUCCGCAACCAUAUUUUCAUCUUCGUCAACGCUCUGAUUGUCAACCCCGCUUUCAGCUCCCAGACCAAGGAACAACUCACGACAAAAACCUCUCAAUUCGGUAGCAAAUGCGUUCUCGAUGAGGAUUUCUACAAAAAGGUCUUGAAGACGGAGGUGAUGAACAACAUCUUGCACUUUGCCCAACAGAAGGCCGAUCAGAUGUUGAAGAAGAGCGACGGUGGCCGGCGCAGCCGCAUGAACAACCCGAAAUUGACCGAUGCUAACAAAGCUGGCACGAAGGAUGGUCAUCACUGCACCCUCAUUUUGACUGAAGGUGAAUCAGCCAAGGGUUUGGCCGUGGCUGGAAGAUCGGUUGUUGGUCCCGAUUUGUUUGGUGUCUUCCCGCUUCGUGGAAAGCUGCUCAACGUGCGUGAUGCCUCGUUCGACCAGAUCUCGAAGAACGUGGAAAUCCAGAAUAUCAAGAACUUCCUCGGUCUUCAACACAAGAAGGAAUACACCGACACCCGUGGUCUUCGAUAUGGUCACUUGAUGAUUAUGACUGAUCAGGAUCACGACGGUAGUCACAUUAAGGGUUUGCUCAUCAAUUUCCUCCAGGCUCAAUUUCCCAGUCUGCUCAAGAUUCCUGAAUUUCUCAUCGAGUUCAUUACUCCCAUUGUGAAGGUGUGGAAGGGUGAUCCCAAGAAUCCUACCAAGCAACGCUCUUUCUUCACCAUGCCCGAAUACGAGGCGUGGAGAGAGGAGCACAAGCAUGAACGUGGAUGGGAGCACAAGUACUACAAGGGUCUGGGUACCAGCACUACUGAGGAUGCUCAGAUCUACUUCCGUGAUCUCGAUCGUCACUUGAAGGAAUUCCACACUCUACAGGACAAUGAGGCUGGGCUCAUUGAGCUCGCCUUCUCUAAGAAAAAGGCAGACGAAAGAAAGGAAUGGCUUCGCCAAUUCAAGCCUGGAACGUACCUCGAUCACUCCGUGUCCAAGAUUACUUAUACCGACUUCAUCAACAAGGAGCUUAUCUUGUUUAGUAUGGCGGAUAAUAUCCGGUCGAUUCCUUCAGUUGUCGACGGCCUCAAGCCGGGUCAACGCAAGGUCUUGUACACCUGCUUCCGUCGCAAUCUGAAGAAGGAUAUGAAGGUUGUCGAGCUUGCUGGUCACGUUUCGGGUAUGACCGCGUACCAUCACGGUGAUGCUUCAUUGCAGCAGACCAUUGUCGGCCUGGCUCAGACCUUUGUUGGUUCCAACAACCUUAAUGUUCUGGAGCCAAGUGGUAACUUUGGUAGUCGUCUCCAGGGUGGGUCCGACUGUGCUAGUGCGCGUUAUAUUUACACUCGCCUGUCGCCGUUUGCUCGUCGCGUCUUUCACCAAGCUGACGAACCUCUUUUGACGUAUAACAUCGAUGACGGGAAACAAAUUGAGCCAGAGACCUACGUGCCUGUCGUGCCCCUGAUUCUCAUCAAUGGUGCGGAUGGUAUUGGCACGGGUUGGAGUUCUACUAUCCCCAACUACAAUCCCGAAGAUGUUGUAGAGAAUUUGAAGCGCAUGAUGGACGGUGAGCCAACCAAGCCCAUGCAACCUUGGUUCCGAGGCUUCACGGGUGAAGUGACCGAUAUUGGCGGCGACCGGUUCAAAUUCAGCGGUGUCAUCAAGGAGACUGGAGACAAGGAAGUCGAGAUUACCGAACUUCCUAUCCGUACUUGGACUCAGGAUUUCAAGGACAAGCUCGAAGAUAUCAUCAAAGCCGACAAGACACCUUCCUUUAUCAAGGAUUACAAGGACUACAAUACUCACACCAAGGUUCAUUUCGUCAUUCAGCUGGACGAGAAGAACAUGAAGUCCGCAUUGUCUGAAGGAUUGGAGGAUAAGUUCAAGCUUUCAAAGACCAUCGCCACCACCAAUCUCGUCGCUUUCGAUCCAGAGGGCCGGAUUACGAAGUAUGCUACUGUCGAUGAUAUCCUCAAGGAAUUCUACACCGUCCGUCUGAAGUUCUAUGAGCGACGCAAGCAACACCAGCUCUCGGAAUUACAGAAGGAAUUGGAUAAGCUUAGUAACCAGGCGCGCUUUGUUCAGAUGAUUAUCGACGGAAGCCUUGUCGUUUCGAAGAAGAAGAAGGCUGUUCUCAUUCUCGAACUGAAAGAUAAGGGCUUCAAGCCAUUCCCCAAGGUAGUCCAAGCCGUCAAGGCGGGUGAAACAGAGCCAGCCCUCGAGGACGAAGAAGAGGAGUCGACCGAUGAUAAGGACACUGACAACCUUUCUAAUGCCUACGACUACUUGCUGGGCAUGGCUAUCUGGUCCUUGACGCAAGAGCGCGUCGAAAAGCUCCGGAAACAAAUAGGCGACAAGGAGAUGGAAGUCGACGCCUUGAUCAAGUUGUCCAAGGAAGACAUUUGGAGAAAGGAUCUGGACGACUUCAUCCAUGAGUGGCGAUUCCAGCUCGAUGACGAAGCCCGUCGCGAGCGUAAGGUCCUGCAGAUGGGCCGUCGUGCCUCUUCCAAGUUGAUGACUACCGCUCGCGGGCCUGUCGGUCGGAAGCGAAAGGCAGCCCUGGACGAGGACCCCGAUGACGAAGACUUCGCGGCGCCGAAGAGCAAGAAGGCGGCUGCGAAGAAAGCAGCACCGAAGGGAACGCUGCACAAUUUCUUGAGCAAGUCUCCUGCCAAGCCCGCUGCGCAGCCAAUCGACGGUGACUCUGACGAUGAUUUCUUGGAAGUCCUUCCUAAGAAGAGCCGGGGCGGGACAAAAUCCGAGUCUGUCGAGAAGGAAGAGCCCAUCUCGGGCGAUUCGGACAUUGAGAUUCUACCUAAAAAGAGCCGGGCCAUUUCGAAGGCCUCCACUAGGGUGAAAUCUGAAGACCCUGAGAGCUCAGAGGUCAAAGAGGCUCCGAAGCGCGGACGGAAGCCGAAGCCGAAGCCGAAGCCUGCGGAUGACAACGAAUCCGACGAUGAUGCCUUCCUGGAGAUCGCCAAGGCCCAGGCUUCCGAGGCUGCUAAGGCUUCCCCGAAACCUGCGCGGGCGGCUCGCAAGCCAACCAAGUAUGCCCUGAGUGAUUCUGACAGUGACAACGGAGAUGACUUGUUGGGAGAUGUGAGCAAGAUGGUUAAGGGAAUUGGUGGCACCGCGGGCGGCUCCACAUCGGAUUCUCUCCAGCUCUUCUCAGAGCGGUCUGGGCCUGGCAGCCGUUCGGGACUGCAGACCAGCACCAAGCAGGCCAAGCCUUCUCCUGACUUUGAUGCGGAUGAGACCGACUACAGCAAGCUGGUGCCCCAAGGCUCGCCCCGGCGUUCACUUCAGGUAAAGUCGAAGGAACCUGUCACCGUUCUGGAUGACAGCGAGGAGGAAGAGGAGCCCGUGAAGCCUGCAGCCAAGGCGAAGCCGGCCGCCAAGGGUAAAGCUGCAGCUUCGACCGCUGCGAAGCCGGCAGCUAAGCCGCGUGGUCGCCCGAAGAAGGAUGCCACCACCAAGGCGGCCGCUGCCGCACCUACCAAGCAGACAACUUUGUCCCCUGCUGCCAAGGCAUACGCUUCUAAGCAGGCCAAGACCAGCGCUGCUACCAAGAAGAAGCAGUUGGCAGAUGAUCUGUCGGACGAUGACAUCGAUGCCAUGGCCAAUGACAUCUUGGACUCGCCUGCAGCUCCCGUCAGUCGGCCUUCGCGACGCACAGCAACGACGAAGAAGAAGACCUAUGUCAUAGACGAUGAGAGCGAUGAUUUUGGAGGCGGCAAUGACUCGGGAGAAGACUUUGAAGACAGUGAAUGAGUGCAAAGACACCGGAAGAGAUCCCACGAUGCUGAGCGUCCAUAGGGAUAACUCCCUCCAUUUCUUCCCUUUUACUACUUUCUUUCUAUCGGAUCUAUAUUCUUUGUUUAUUAAUAAUAGGAUGUGUUCAUAAAUUGCGAAGGAGACACUUUUAUUGCAGGCGUUUUUGUGUAUGAUGGGUGGGAUAUUUGUUCAGUGAGAGCAAUAGAAGCAACUGCAUCAAUUGUGUACCACACAGUUUG